CUGGAGUCGGUCAGCGCAUGUCCGAUAGGGUUGGUGUCGUGAGCUCGGCGCCUUUGACUGAAUUAAAGUCAAGUCACUGAAGUCCCGGGAAAGCUUUGAUUUGUUUUAUUUUAGUCACUGUUUUAAAUUAGUUUUUCUCCUAAGCUCGCUGUUCCUGGAUCUAAAGCAAAAGUUUCGCCAAAAAUGUUUAUAAUUAGAUCUGAGUACGACAGAGGCGUGAAUACAUUCUCACCAGAAGGCCGGCUAUUCCAGGUCGAAUAUGCCAUAGAGGCUAUUAAGUUGGGCUCCACAGCAAUUGGAAUCCAGACCUCUGAGGGUGUUGUUCUUGCAGUUGAGAAGAGAAUCACUUCGCCUCUGAUGGAACCCAGCAGCAUUGAGAAAAUUGUUGAAAUUGAUGCACACAUAGGUUGUGCAAUGAGUGGAUUAAUAGCUGAUGCCAAAACCUUGAUUGACAAAGCAAGAGUUGAAACGCAGAAUCAUUGGUUUACCUAUAAUGAAAAUAUGACAGUGGAGAGUGUGACACAGGCAGUCUCUAACCUGGCCUUGCAGUUUGGUGAAGAAGAUGCAGAUCCUGGUGCAAUGAGCCGACCGUUUGGUGUUGCAUUACUGUUUGGAGGAAUUGAUGAAAAAGGACCACAGAUGUAUCACAUGGAUCCAUCUGGCACCUUUGUACAGUGUGAUGCAAGAGCGAUCGGCUCUGCUUCGGAGGGUGCCCAGAGCUCCCUACAGGAGGUUUAUCGUAAGUCAAUGACAUUAGAAGAAGCAAAGAAUGCAGCACUCACUAUCCUGAAACAAGUAAUGGAAGAAAAACUGAAUGCUACUAAUAUUGAGCUUGCAACAAUGGAACCUUCAAAAGUAUUUCAUAUGUACACAAAGGAAGAGCUGGAAGAAGAAAUAAAGAAACUGCAAACCUGAGUAUUGGCACAACCACUGCUUCCUUGAGUGCGAAUUGGAACACAGUCAGUUAUGUGCUCUGUUGGGAGAUUUAGUUCAUAGAAUAAAACUUACUUUGUUGGACAGCAAUAUUAAUUUUUUUUGUUAAUGUUCUACAAAUUACAGUCUUUUAUCUCAAGGAUAUGAAAAGAUCAUUGUACAUAGUGCAUUGAAAACGUAUUGUUAUGAAACAAAUGAGGCUAAAUAAAUAUUUCUUACUGAA